AUGUCACAACGCUACCGCGGCCGGUCGUAUCAGGCAGUUCUGCGCAAACUGCCGCGGAACCUCGUAGGGUUCGACGGGCACUGUCUCAUGUGCCAAGCCCGGGUGCAGUACGUACUGGAGCGCAACUUCUCCUUCUUUAGCAUCCUUAGUUUUUCGCGCGACAUUGAUCCGGUGAGGUUGGAGGCCAACAAAGUGCUCUUCUGCAGCUUCGAUUCGGUCGAGUGGCGCGAGGUGCGGCGCUGGUUCCCACACCUCACGCAGGACGCGGAGGGUAUCGUGCUGGUGGAGAAGGUUCCCUCCAAGACAGCCACCUUCUUGAGCAGCGUGCGGCGGAGACAGCGGAAGCAGUACUUAGGUGCAGCUGAUAGCGGCAGAAACGGAAGGGAUAUGUUUCCACUCGAUCCCUCCUCUGGUGCCUCAAGAGACUCUGGGGUCGGUGCGGCCGAGGACCUCGAUAUUGUUGUUUCGGUCAGGUACGUGGCAGUCUGCCGUGUGGGGAUGAAGCUUGAUCGGUGGCUACCACGCACUAUAUGCCGCUUUCUGUACUACGCGGUGCCGCAGUGGGUUGGUGACCGCUGGUAUGACCGCGUUGUGGCGCGGAGGCGGCUUUGGGGUACGUCGGAGGAGGAUGCGGUGCGGUACCCGAAGCGCGUGCUCGGAUUGAAGGAGCGCACAUGGCGGCUUCGCGACAAGUAG